GAGAUGUGUGAUUGUUUAACCACUUUUAAACACAUUAGCUUGAACAGCAAAAACAAAAGCACGAUAGCUGCAGUCUGCCACGUUACAAAUAAGUCUCAUUUGUCGAUUAUAGGACUAGUUUGCUUGCAAGAUGUGCUAAACUGCUAGCAACGGUAACGGUUAGCUUGUCUUAACUGCAGGACUGCUCCAAUAUUGUUGGCGUUUUUAGCUGAUAUUCUCGACUCCUUGAUAGUUUAGUUUGUUUUAUAACCAUCGUCUUGUAUUACUUUCAUCACAUUAAGAGGCUUUUUCAUGUUAUUUACUCACUCAUGUCGUUUUCAAAGCUAACAUAUUGAGACAACACUGUAACGUUACACUAUGAAAAAGAGACGUUAGGGUUACACUGUAAGAAGUCUAGCCUUGCGAUCCCCUUUUAUUUUACGGACUAUUGUUGGAGGAAGGGUCUUGCUUUCAUUUGUAAAAGCAUGAAUGGGUUGAUUGACUGAUGGCGGUAUCUGACGUAAGCUCAGAGAAGGCCAGCCAUUGGUUGAGCGGUUUAUUUUGGCGAGGAAAAGUUUGUGUGCUGAAGUUUCUCCAAGCAGCUACUGUAUGUACAGAGCCUCCUGAAGGAAGUGACUCAACACCAGCAGAGUCGUUAGCUGGGCCAAGUCAAGUAAACGAAGAUAAUGCAGCCUUCACCACAACUGCUGUAGCCAAAAAGACAGAGCCAAUGGGUGGUAUGCCAUCAAUGUUGUCAUCUCAGCAGCCUGUGAAGGACGUUUCCAGAGCGGAAGAGGAGGGGGAGAAAUGGUCACCCGCCUCCUCACCAACAAAUAAACCUGCUGCAGGACACGCAGCAAAGUCCCUUCCAUCGAUGUCCUCCUCUUCGUUGUCCUCCUCUCCUUCUACGUCUUCAACGUUGUCCCCUGGCCGAGCGAAGAUGAGUGUCUCUGGGCCUGGUAGUAGUAAAUCCGUCCUACCACCCGCCCCUCCCUCCUCAUCCUCCUCCUCCUCCUCGUCUUCUUCUUCUUCUUCCUCUUCUUCCUCUGCCACAGCUUCCUCUUCUCCUUCUGUCUCCCCUGCUCCACCCAAGAUCCACCGGGCCCGCAAGACCAUGAACAGGCCUCCACCGAUGCAGAUGAGCCACGUCGAUACACCUGUUGCACCCGUGACUCCUUCAGGAUCAUCAGCCUCACUUUCCUGUGACACUGAAAGCGUUGCAAAAAAGAGAAAACUGGGCCAUUUAUCGGACAGCGCGCCUGAGAAAUCUGAGAACGUUCCAGACAACGCUCAAGUUGUGGAAGAAACGUUAUUCCAUAAAAAAGUGGAGCCUGUUACCAAGCCAGCAGCGGUAAAGAGCAGCAACUCGGAGGAAGAAGCAGCAGUCGAGAAAAUAGAGAUUUCCAGUCCGUCCGUGCAAGAUUCAGACAAGAUUGAAGAUGCUGAGGGAGAAGCAAGGCAGUGUGGUAAAGACAUAGAGGGGUCAGUGAACAUGUCAGAUCAUAGUUUGGAGUCUGAAACACAGAAAGCCGUCCAGAGUAGGAAUAAAAGCGAAGAGUUUCCAUGGCCGCAGUCGGACCAGGACAAAGAGAGAAUUGCUGCUGACGUGGUGGAGACUGUGGGAGCAGGAAGGCCCACUGAGUACACAGAGGUUCCUCUGGGUGCUCUGGACAUCGCUGCUGCUGACAGUUUAACACUCUCACCUCACCAUGAAGGAAGUGAUGCAGGGGACACAGAGCGGCUGGAGGAGCUUCCCCUGUGCAGCUGCAGGAUGGAGGCUCCUCGUGUCGACAGCACCAGCCACCACGUCAGCAGACAGUGUAUGGCCACUGAGAGCGUCAAUGGAGAGCUGAGGGCUUGUACCAAUCGGACUAUCAAAGGGGAGACCAUGCGGCCCUCCAGUCGGGUUCCCCUCAUGUUACUUUGCGACAUCCAUCGAUCACACAUGGUCAAACACCACUGCUGCCCUGGCUGCGGUUACUUCUGCAUAGCGGGCACGUUUCUUGAGUGCUGCCCAGACCAGCGCAUCGCUCACCGUUUCCACCGGGGUUGUGUGACGGUGCUGGGUGGCGGGCGGAGCAGGGCGAACGGCGGCGGUAUGCUUUUCUGUCCGCACUGCGGCGAAGAUGCUUCCGAGGCUCAAGAGGUCACCAUCCCCUCCUUCAGCUCCGCGACAGCCUCCGCGACCACCGUCGUCACCAUGUCGGCCUCCUCUACCACCACCCCGUCUCUGCCGCCAUCCGCCCCCAUGGCACCCUCCCUCACAGCCUCAACAGGAGGGAUGAAGGACGGGAAGAUGCCCGAAAGACCUGUCAGUGCUCGUAUGCGUAGCCACGGCUUGGUAAAACUGGCAGUGGAGCAGCAGCAGCAGCAGCCCCCUGCAGCUGCAACCGUGGCCACUGUCCCCCCACCAGAAGAAGGAGUGGACAGCGUGGGGCCCUCUCUCUGUAUGCCAAACGGGAAACCUAUCAGCCCCAGUGCUCUCCCACCAGGACCCAGCAGGGCGGCAUUACAGAAGGCCAUUCUCACACAGGACACUGAGAGGAGGAAGAAACUGAGGUUCCACCCUCGCCAGCUCUACCCUGCUGCCAAGCAAGGCGAAGUGCAGAGAGUUCUGCUUAUGCUGAUGGAGGGUAUAGAUCCCACAUACCAGCCUGACUCUCAGAACAGGCGCUCUGCUCUACAUGCUGCAGCUCAGAAAGGUCUGCUGGAAGUCUGCUACAUGCUGGUACAGGCCGGUGCUCAAGUCGAUGCCCAGGACAAAGACCUGAGGACCCCUCUGUUGGAAGCGAUCAUCAACAAUCACAUAGAGGUGGCUCGUUACCUGGUCCAGAACGGUGCCUGCGUCUAUCACGUUGAGGAAGACGGAUAUACUGGUCUCCACCACGCAGCCAAGCUGGGCAGCCUGGAAAUCGUCACCAUGCUGAUGGAGACGGGGCAGGUUGACGUAAACGCACAGGACAGCGGUGGCUGGACGCCGAUUAUCUGGGCUGCGGAGCACAAACACGUCGACGUGAUUAAAGCGCUGCUGAACAGAGGAGCUGAUGUUACUAUUAAUGAUAAGGAGCUGAAUGUGUGCCUCCACUGGGCAGCGUAUGCAGGAAACGUGGAUAUAGCAGAGCUGGUGUUGAACGCCGGCUGCUCCCUCGCCUCAGUUAACAUGCACGGAGACACGCCGCUCCACAUCGCCGCCAGAGAAGGCUACUUGGAAUGCGUUACGUUGUUCCUCUCCAGAGGUGCAGAUAUCGACAUCAUGAACAGGGAAGGAGACACGCCCCUCACCCUCGCUCGAGCCGACACGCCAGUAUGGGUGGCACUGCAGAUCAACAGGAAGCUGCGAAGGGGAAUAACCAAUCGCAUGCUUCGGACGGAAAGAAUCAUCUGCAGUGACGUUGCGCAGGGCUAUGAGAACGUACCCAUCCCCUGUGUGAAUGCAGUGGAUGAUGAGGGCUGUCCCUCAGACUACAAAUAUGUUUCAGAAAACUGUGAAACUUCAGCAAUGAACAUAGACCGCAACAUUACACACUUGCAGCACUGUAGCUGCACUGACGACUGCUCGUCUAGUAACUGUCUCUGUGGACAACUCAGCAUCCGCUGCUGGUAUGACAAGGACCAGCGGUUGCUUCAAGAGUUCAACAAAAUUGAACCCCCACUCAUAUUUGAAUGCAACAUGGCAUGUUCCUGUUACCGAACAUGCAAGAACAGGGUGGUACAGGCAGGCAUCAAAGUUCGUCUUCAGCUCUACAGGACAGAAAAGAUGGGCUGGGGGGUUCGAGCCCUGCAGGACAUUCCCCAGGGAAGCUUCAUCUGCGAAUAUGUGGGGGAGCUGAUCUCUGAUGCAGAAGCAGAUGUUAGAGAAGACGACUCCUACCUCUUUGACCUGGACAAUAAGGACGGGGAGGUGUAUUGUAUCGACGCCCGGUACUACGGCAACAUCAGCCGCUUCAUCAACCACCUUUGUGACCCCAACCUCAUCCCAGUGCGGGUGUUCAUGCUGCACCAGGACCUGAGAUUUCCCCGCAUUGCCUUCUUCAGCUCCAGGGACAUCCUCAGCGGACAAGAGCUAGGGUUCGACUAUGGAGACCGCUUUUGGGACAUUAAGAGCAAGUAUUUCACCUGUCAGUGUGGAUCAGAGAAAUGCAAACACUCAGCAGAGGCCAUUGCUUUGGAACAGAGCAGACUGGCUCGACUAGAGGCCUGUCCAGAGGCGGGAGCUGACUGUGGGAUGACCAUGCUAGGGAACUCUUAAAAACACUAACCCACAGGGCCUUUUGGAUUAACUUCACCUCAUCAGUUUUACAUGCUGACAUUGGCAAUGGAAAAUACAACUUUUGGUUUUAAUCUCAACAUUCUGUUUUUUGGUGUAUGGUGCUGUUGUUUUUUUUGUUUGUUUGUUUGGUUUUUUUUUCUACUUGAAAUGUCAUUUUUCCUUCAAAACUGUCAGUCAAUUUGCCACUUCAACAUGUAUCAUUUCCCCUAUGGUAGAGGAUAUGGGCCUUAACAUGUUUUAUAAACUGUGUGGGUAUUACAUAUGUUUGAAGAAAACAAGAGGUCUUGUUUGUAUGCAUACAGUAUGUUUACUGUAUAUCACUAUGUACUUUGCCUUGACAGAUGAAGGUUGUGCAUUAGCAGUGUGCCAUCAUACACAUGUGUUUUUCUUUUGUGCCAAGAAACGCAAUGCAUUUUCGACACAGAACAGUACAGUAAUGGGCCAACCUCUAGCUCAUACUGGACUCAAUAAGGACCUGAGGAAUAGCAUUGUUUUUGUUUAUGUUCACUUUAUUUUCUUUAUUUUUAUACAUAUUGUUUUGUCAUGUUUAGUGUAAUAAAUUAGCUCAUGAGUUGA